AUAACAUGAUAGAGAAAAAGGUUGACACUAGACUGGAACACGAGGCCAUCACGCGGAAGAUGACUGAAGAUAUAUACGUGGUAUGUAAUAGUACGCAUAAUCGAUUGACCGCAUAACACCACCAAUGCUACGCUAAAGGAUUAUAUUUUUUUAUUUAUUAUAUAUUAUUAUUCGAUAUCUGUCUCUGUGUAUGACUGUAAAAAUGUAUGCGCACGCAUAUCUAAAAACACUUCUCCCAAUUUCCUUCGAUCGUUAUUAUCGAGUAACAAGUUCGACAUUGAACAGAAAUCGUUUAGUUUUCAUCGAUCACACGUAUGUGAUAUCAGUAAGGAUAAUCUCAAUUUUAUCUAAUUUUUGAAUCGUUACGAUGUCUAAACCGGAAGUUUCUACAUCGGCGAUCGUUACACGAUCGAAGAAAGAAAAAGUUAUCAAUGAUCCUAAACAAUUGUCGAGUGAAAUUAAAGCUGAAAUUAAAAGCAAAGCGAUCAUUGAAAAGGCCGUAGUUGAUUUACCAGUUCCACAAAAAGUACAACCGGUGAAGGAAACCGCAAAGACUGAUAUACAAGUUGAAAAAAAAGUUAUCGAACAAUCGAUCGAAAAAAAGGUCGAACAAUCGAUCGAGAAAAAAAUCGAACAGAAAUCUUUCAUUGAGGAAUGUUCGAUUUUCGAGAAGAGCAAACCGAGAAAAGAGCCGCCAUCUUCUUCAGUAAAGGAUGAAUGCUCGAUUCUCGAAAAAAAUAAACCAAAAAAAGAAGAGUUAUCUACUUUAAUAAAAGAUGAACCUUUGAAUAUCGUAACGAAUAUAUCAAAAGAAAAAGAAUUAUCUCCUCCGAAGAAAGAUGAAUUUAUUAGCUUGGAAAAAAAUAAACCCAAGGAAGAUCUAUUCUCACUAAAAAAAGAUGAAUCCUUAAAUCUCGAAAAAAAUAAACCGAAAGAAAAAGAAUUAUCUCCUCCGAAGAAAGAUGAAUUUAUUAGCUUGGAAAAAAAUAAACCCAAAGAAGAUCUAUUCUCACCGAAAAAAGAUGAAUCCUUAAAUCUCGAGAAAAAUAAAUCGAAAGAAAAAGAAUUAUCUCCGCCGAAGAAAGAUGAAUCUAUUAGCUUGGAAAAAAAUAAACCGAAAGAAAGUAAACUUUUUUUCAUCGAUACAAAUAAACCGAACACACCUUCGAAUGUAGCUGUACCAAGAAAAAGUCAACCAUACGUACCACCAAUUAGCAACCAGCCUCCAAUCGUAUUAGCAACACAUUUAGUGCCAUCCUUACCAAUCAAUCUAUUUGAAAUAUUAGCUGAAAUGAUUGAAGUGGCAACAGAAAGGCCCGUAGUUCUUUUAUACGAGCCUAGAACUAAUAGAAAAGUUGCGAGUGAAUACACUGAUAUCGCCAUUUUGCCAGCCAAUGAUGACUGGGAAUACGGUGAAUUGAUGCCAUUAUCUUUUGUAUUCGAACAUAAACUAAACAAUAACAAUUCUCCGCAAGUUUAUGCCGACGUUGUUGUAGCAUCUGAUCUUGUACAUCGCAUCGAAAAAAUCAUUGAUUUGCGUGGACAUAGAUGCGCUUUACCAGAUAGGAGUAAAAAAAUAGGAGCUGCUACAUUGAUAUACAAUUAUUUGCAUAGCAUAGGAGAAGGUCCUGCUUUUUUCGGCAAUACUUUAGAUGUUGAUUCACAAAUAGAUGCUAUGCAAAUGGUCGCUGGUAAACAAGCGGAAGUAGGUAUUUUGGAAGCUCCCGUUAUAACAUGUCAUAAGUACAAUUUUCCAGGCAUACAAUCACUUUAUAUAGUCGACAGCUUGGGACCAUUACCACCUUAUCGUUUCAUGGUUAAUAAAAAAAUAUCUGAGGCUUUUGUAAAAAAGCUAACAUCCUAUCUACUUAAUUGUAAUGAAGAUGCGUCAUGGAUGAUGAAACUAGCACCUUUUGGAAUAACAGGUUUCGCUAUUAAUACACUAGACUAUUAUGUAUUUUCUGAUGUCAAACCUGUCUUUUCGAGAGGAGCGUAUUAUUAAGUCUAACUUACAUUAAACUGUGUUAAACCUAAUCUUACAGUUUAUUACAUUAUCAUUGAAAAAGGUAAACACUUGUAUCAAUUUUUCUAUUAUCAAAUAAAUAUAAUAUUAUAAAGAU